AAUCAGACACUCACUAACCAAAAAAACAAAAUUAAAAAAGAAAAAAGAAAACCCUUGUUAAACCCUAAUAUCACUCGAAAAUCGAGGAAAAUGCAGCAACAAUGGUGGCGCAUCGGCGGCGAACGGCUGAGAAAGGCGGCGGAGUAUUACAGAAAGUUCCAUACAAUACAAGCCAUACCAAGAGAGAUUUCGGGCCCCCGAAUUUCGGCCCGUGACAGAGCUCAGGGUCGGAUCCCCGCCGUCGUCUUCUCCCCCACCGCAGAAAACACCUCAAAGCAGCUUCUUACCACUGAAACUAAGCAGAUUGAUUCCAUUCUUACUAAGUUGGAUCCUACCUUCUUCUGCUCCACCACUUUCAAGCUUCAAGUUCGGGCCGGGUCCGGGUCUUCGGUUCUUCUUCAUUCUGGAAAUGUCCUCCCCAUUAAGCUAGCGAGAAAUGAGGAGACAGGGAAGGUGAUGAAUAUGGUGUUUGUGUGGGCGGAAGAAGGAUCGAAGUUAGAAGUUGAUUUGCCCGUUGUUUUCAAGGGUGUAGAUUCUCGUCCUGGCCUUAAGAAAGGGGGACAGCUAAAAACAGUAAGGAAGAACCUAAAGUAUCUUUGCCCAACAGAAUGCAUCCCUCAAAAGAUCGAGGUGGACAUAAGCAAUUUGGACAUUGGAGAUCGGGUCUUUAUGAAAGAUAUUGAGGUUGAUUCGUCAUUGAAGCUUUUAAGUGGGAAUGAUACAAAACCUAUCUGCAAGAUUGUGGCUUCAGAAGUAGAAAAUUCGGUACCUCUAGAAACUUAAUUUUAUAAGUGAGGCGUUUUAGUUUUUAUUUAUUUUUUAUUUUUAGUUUUUAUCUUUUCUUUAAGGGACCAUAUAAUUCAAUGAUGAAAAUUGAAAACUGCUUCAAUUUAUGAAAAAAAAGUAUCUGAUUUAGGGUGUAUUAAAAAAUUUGAAGGAGGAAAAAAGAGAAGAAAAAAAAAAAGAGAGAGAAGGGGGGGGGGGGUGUUUGCAUUGGUGAAUGUUGAGUCCAUAAGCUGCCAUGACAAGUUUACCCCUUGUAUAACAUCAUGUUCUAUUAUAUUCAUUGCCUUUGUAUUUUGUGUCUUAGAUGCUUGUUCUUCUAAUAAUAAUUAAUUUUCUUAUUAUUUUGCCCUUUGAGGGUUUGCUGCUUGGUAGGGUGUGGGCAUGUGGGUUUCAGGUGUAUAAAUUGGACAUUUGUGGAUUUUAGUUUUAGCCCUCCAUGUUGUUGAGUGUGUAUGUUUUUACGGAGUAUUUAUCUAUUGAAUUAUUUACUUUUAUUUCAGUACAUAUUACUAGUAUUGUAUUUAUUACAACGUAUAAGAUGCAAUUGUCUAGUCAAGAGUCUAUAGUAUUGCCUGGGUUUAUUAUAAAGUGGCUCAUGAUAAAAUAUGUUGAUUAUUCUUCUUUUGUUUUUGAUAAAAUAUGUUUAUGUUGGUUUGACUAAAUUAACAUACUGUAUAAUUUCCCGUUUAGAUUCAAUAACAGAGUAUUAAAAUUUAUGAAACACAUGGUAUACAGGUUGGCCUUGCUAAACAAUCUAAAACCCAUGGUUUAUGUAGAUUUAAACAGGGAGUAUUAAAAAAAAAUAAAAAAAAAAAUGGUAUUUGUGAUUAACUUUUAAGGUUGGCCGUGCUAAACAAUUGUUUGAAAUUGUUGACCACGCUUGCAGCAUCAUUUUUUAGUUUUUAACUAAUGUACUCUUAAUUAUUUUUCUGAAAAAUGAAAUUCAAUAGACUCGCCUCCUAGAGGCCAAUCAGUACAUUGCUAUAUUUUAUGAGGCGUUUUGUUAUUUAUAAUUAAUCAAGGUUUUACAUAUGCAUUAAAUAUAUACCACUAUAUUCUUUUAAGGAUCUUGCUAAUAAGCACCUAAGAGGCCGGGACGUUAGAUAACUAAGUAAUAUAUAGACGUACCAUAUUACUUAAAAUAGUAUUAAGUUUAGAAUGCAUGAUAAAAUUCCACUAAUUUAAAGUUGAAAUUCUAUUUCUCUUGCACCGUUUAAAGUUGAAAGUUGUUUAUAUUGGCGGUAUUUGCCGAACUUAUUAAUCAGACUAUUCAGUUGCAUUCUUCAGCGGACUUGUCAUCAAGGAUUGUCACAGUCAAACCAUGGUCUACAUUGAAAGUUUACUAAGCUUAAUUAAGCGUAAAAUGGAGGAAACCUACUUGUCAUUUCACACGCUCUUCUCUUAAUCAGUCAAACUCUUUUGUUUACCCUUGUCAACUGAUUUUACACUUAUAUUUUAAUGUACCCUUCAUUCAUUAACCCUACAUAAUAGUACAAUACAUAUCAUCAUUUGUUUAUUGACAAAGUCAGCUGCGACUUACACUUGCAACUUUGAGCAUACAUGGAUGAUAAUUUUUAAUACUAAUGGUGUAAAUAAUUAUUCUAUUAUUAUUAAGGUAUAUUAUAUUAUUGGUGUGCAAACAACAGAAGAAUGAGUGAAUGACUAACGAAUGGCCAACUCUCAUGCCUUAUUGGCACUCGACUCAUGAAUCUCCAUUUUUUACCUAAUAAAAGCCGUGUGCGCAUUAGAUAAGCAUUUUUCUGUUUCUAAUAAAAUUAUUUUUUACCGUCACCUUAUACAAUACUUAUAUAGUCAUUUAUGCAAAAUAUGUAUUAUUCAUUAUUUAAAUUCCUGUCACUGAAAGGUUCUAAUAUGAAAAUUAGGGGUUGGACCGAAAGAGAGGAAAGAUAAAAGGAAAUCAUUAGGCAUUGAUUAUAUUGUAAAGAAGGAUCACCAACUCAUACUCAAGUGAUUAAUACGAGAAAAGAGAGUAAAGUUUGAUGAGUAAAGCAGAGAGUACUUUAGUGUACGGCAGAUCUGGGUUGACGUAUACACUCUUUUAUCCCAAAUCAGUUGGCAUUCCAUCUGGAAUUGUUCAUCUUGUCGGAACUUCCAAUUCAAUUCUAACCCACCACCCCAUAAAUAAAAUACAUUCAAAAA